AUAUGGCGACACGUAUUCGUUAUGCUGCAUUGCGGGACGUGACAAUGACGAGUUGACUGAGUGCUUACCAAGAAAAACACAAUUGUCAUCAUGCGACUCUUUACUAAGAAAUUACUUUUUAAGAAUAUGUGCAUGGUUGUUUGGAUUGGCAGCCGUAUUUAUGAACUCAUCUAUAAUUAAAUGGAGAUAUGAUAACUUGUCUCGUAGUAAAGUGAAUUCGGUUGAGUCUCGUCUCCUCAUUAUACUGACUAUAUUCGACUUCAUAAAUGGAGUUUACAUAUUAAUUAUUGCUGGAGCUGAUGCUCAUUUUGGCAAUGAAUUUGUGCUGCAUGGUGAUAACUGGCGUCAAAGUAUCGUAUGUACAUUGAUUGGCAUCAUAGAAACUGUUGCAAGUCAGUCAUCGUUGUACAUUGUUACAUUAAUGACUAUCGAUCGCUGCCUUGUGAUUGCACUACCGUUCAGAGAUAUACGAUUGCAUAAAACAUCUGCCAGAUAUUUGGUGAUAUUUGGUGUCUCUUUGAUUAUAAUCUUAGCCACUAUACCAGCGUUCCCCAUUACUUAUUUCGGAACUAACUAUUACGGUGAAACAGAUGUAUGUUUGCCAUCUUAUUUCCACGAGGAACGCCCGUCUGGAUGGGAAUACACUACAGCAUUUUUCAUUCUGCCCAACUGCGUCUUUGUCAUCGUUAUUAUGAUAUGCUACAUUGUUGUGUUCAAAACGAAACAUACCUCUGACCAAUCAUUAAAUGCUAAAGACAAGACUGCUUUUACAAUGUCAGUGCGAAUUCUGGUGAUUGUGUUCUUCGUCAUGGGACGAUGGAUUCCAUUUAUCUGCACCAAUCUUGUUGGCAUUACCGAGAUUACAAUACCUGGAAAUAUAUAUCCUUACGUGAUUGUGCUCGUUUUGCCAAUCACCGCUGUAACCAAUCCAAUGAUGUAUACAUAUAUAUCCGGAACAUACACGCUCAUUAAUAUCAGUGCAAUUAAAUCCAAGAUUGACGAAAAACAAAGAAUUACGAGAAUAGGUAAAAACAUAAAAGAUGAUUUUAAACGCAUCAUAAAUACCAGCCGUAUAUGUUGGUCAGCGGUGUUUGUAAAUAAUAAAGCUAUAGCAAAAGAUAUGAUGGUCAGAUAUAAGCACUGGAAUGUAGUAACCACUGCGGACAAGAACAAUAUAACAAAUGAUGUUGAGACUGCUCUGAUCUCUCUUUGUGAAGCUAAGCUGUGUGUUUCUGAUUUGGUUAAUGAAAACAACAUUUAUAUUGAAGAGAAAUACGGACAUCUAUUAUUUAGAGCAACCAUACUAUUUGACGGCAUAGCGAAACACAAAGCUAUCAAUUGCGAAGAUGAUAGGAACAAAAUAAUUCAUCAUGUUUCUGAAUAUGUAAAAAUGAAGACUCGAGUUUACGUGGAAUCAAAAACUGGUGAUAUUGAUGAUGAUGUCAUAAGCGACUAG